AUGUUUUUGUUUUAGAAAAUUUUGAGUUCGAACGCAGGAAAACAUCCAAGCCUAGAAGAAAAAGAAAAGAACGAAACGUAUAGACCAGGCAUACUUUAUACUCAAUGGAGGGAAAACAAGAGAGAACUGAAAGCCAAGGAAUUACUGAGAAAGCUGAAGUAGAAGCUGCCCAAAUAGUAGGAAAUAUGGCGCUCGCUCAUGAACUUGUCAUGAACGACAAAUUCAAGUUGGAAGGUCUUCCCGAAAAUUCGAUGGAAAAGCAGAUAAGAGACAUUGUUCACAAGGCCUACUGGGACAAGUUACAAGAGGACCUUGACAAGACCCCACCUGAUUACUCACAAAUGCUGAUGCUGAUAGCAGAUCUGAAAGAGAAUCUACUUGGGCUCUUACUUCCCCGCCACAAGUCUUUAAAGGCCCAAAUAACAGAGGUGCUAGAUGUUAAACAUAUAAAGCAACAAGUUGAGCAUGGCUCACUGGACCUGUGCCAGUGUGCCCAGUUUGUCGUCAGCGUCUUAAGCCAGAUGUGCGCACCAGUAAGAGAUGAGCAAGUCAAGAAGCUUCUUGAGGUUGAUGGCAUUGUCAAUAUGUUCAGGGAGAUAUUUGGAGUAAUUGAUGUCAUGAAACUUGACAUGGCAAACUUCCAGUUGCAAUCUUUGAAACCUCAGCUACUCCAGCAAUCUGUGGAGUAUGAACGAACCAAAUUCAAGCAGUACUUAGAGUCAAACCCUGCUGGUCUGCAGUCGACCAAAGUCUGGCUUACACAAGGUUCAGACAAGGCAUCAGUCCCAACGCAGACGACAGCAGCCACAUCAUCUGGUUCUGGGACAGGGUCGGUGGACAGGCCAGAUGGCAACCAGACCAGGAUAGAUAUAUUAGCCCAUGCGUAUCUUGGAAUCAUAUUUGGCCAACCAGGGUGGCCUUAUCCAGAGACCCUAAUCAUGGAUGAGCUGAGGCUUGCAGAGUUCCGCGCUUAUGCUCACUUCUUUACUCUUGUGAGUUCUGUCAUUCUUGUUACCAUGGGAACGGUGUCCAAGCAACUGGACAAGGAUGCAGCAUACAUCGCUAGACUCAAGGAAGUGCUCUUCGUCCUGCUGGAGGGCUUGGGAGAAGGAGACAUCUCGUCUUCAAUGCAAAACAUUAGCGAUCAAGUCAUAUCCGAGACUAGCAAGGUCCUGUGUGAACGCGGCUUAGCCCAGCUGACCGAAGAGCAGAAGAGCGCUAUACAAGGACAAAUAGCAGCUGUUGGAAAUCCCGAGCACGUCGUUAGGAAAUUAUUAAAAGACCGCGCCUAUCAGUUUUUCUUCAAAUCGCUGACCACCAGGCUAAGACGCGGGCUCACGCAGGGACAGUCCGUACCAGUCCCUCCCGGCCUCGACCCAGUCAAAACAGAGUUGACCGAGCUAGUCUCAGGCUUCGCGCGGCUUGUUUCCCACAACGCAUCAGUGUACAGACCUUUCUAUGAGGACAUCCUGGAUGGACUGCAAGCACAGCCUGCACACGUGCAGUGAGAUCUAAUUGGCUUGAAACUAGUUGGCGAUACUUUUUAUUGUGUGUGUCAAAAGUGCCGCGCAUGCGCGCCUGACUGCAACUCUUAACGGUUGUUAAAAAACAAUUUAAUAUGUGUAAUCGGGCAGACAGUGUUUCGUGAAAGCUAUGAAUUCACUUUUAGAUAGACAGUAUUUUCAGAUAGGGAAUGUAAACUAUUAUUAUAAAUGUUAUUAUUUAGUAAAUUAGGGAUUAUUUCAAAUAAACAUUUUGCAGUCUU